AGGAAAGGAGGAGGAGGAGGAGAAAGAGAGCAAGCAGCCUGGUGGCCAGGAGCAGAGAAGGAAGAGGGAGAGGAGGAAGGGGGACACGCUGCCACCCGCUUUUUUGGUUUUGCAGCUGCUGCUUUUGCAAAACCUGGGGGGAGGGGCAGGAUUGCUCCCCCUUUGCAAAACAACAACAACAACAACAACAAUAAAUCCAGCUAGGAAGGGAACGAAAGGGGCCUUCUUCUUCUCCUCCCUCUCCCCCCUUUCCCCCCAGCCAUGAUUGCCCCCCUCUGGAGCUUUGCAGCUUGGCUUUGCUGCUAGAUCUCAUGGUGUUGGGCUCCUCUGCCUCCCCUUCCCUCCUUUCCUUCCUUCCUUUCCUUCCUCCUCUCCCUCCCUCCCUCUCUCCCCCUUUUUUUUGGGGGGGUUGUUUUAAGAUGGCGGUCUGCCUGAGCCCCCCAUGCUGAGGAAGGACGAGCUGCUCUGGUGCCGGAGCCAGAGGAGGCCCCCAUGGGCCCCGGGAGAGCAGCAGCAGCAGCAGCAGCAGCGGAGGCCCGGAGGAGAAGCCCAAGGUUGCUGAAAAGUGCCUUCCUUGAAGCUCUCGCGACCGCCACUGCCGCUUGGAUUGCUCUCUAAGGCUUUGCCGCACUUGCUUUUUAAAAAUAUAAACAUAGAUAAUACACAAACACACACACACAUACACACACAUAUAUAUCCCUCCUUCCCCCUUUUCCCUCUCUUUUGGGUUUAUUUUUAAAGCAAAAGUCCGACGCUGCUUCUUGCGUUCUUCUCCUGAAGGCGACUCGUCCAUCUUCUUUUUCCCGUCUGGUUUUUCGCUGGAUUUCUCUUCCACGACGCAAAUUUGUUCGGCCGCUUGUUCUCUCCAUCUCCCCCGGCUCUGACUAUGUAGCAAACUCAACUCUUGGAAAAGGAAAAUAAAUCACAUUAGACGACACAAAAGGAAGCCUUGAUUCGAUUGGUUUUUAAUACUUGCAACUUCAUCUGUUUUUAAAAAAGAUAUAAAGAAGAAGGAAGAGGAGAAAACGUCUUCUAAGAUUUCUCUCUGCUCCAAGAAACGAAACCAUUCCAUUCAACCGACGUCUUCGACAACAACGUCUAGCUUUUUGUGUUGCGGUUGCUUUUAUUUUUCCCGUUUUAAUUUCCCCUCCUUUUUUUCUUUCUUUCUUUUAUGGGAAAAUAAUCGAAACCAAUAACUGGAGAGCACAGAAUCCUUCCGGGAGGAGAGAAAUUUAAAAAGGAAAAAGGAAAAGUCUGCCAGUUAUUUUGAAAUAAUAAUUUUGGCAGGGGCACAAAAUAUAUACAGUAUAUAUAUAUAUAUAUAACAUUUCUAUUUUAACUUCUUUGACAAUUGCACUUUUAGGAGCUGGCCUCUAAUUUGAUUUUUUCUCUCUCUCUUUAAUUCUGAGGAGAUUUCUAUUUUAUGAUUGGCUUUAUGUUUAAACCUUGUUUUCAACAAAACCCAAUUUGAAUUCAAUGGAAACCUAAGUGCUGACAAAUAGAAAUUUUACCAAAGCAACAAAUUAGUGAUUUCUUCACAUUUUUUUAAACUUGAAUUCCCCCCUUUUUAAAAAAAAACAACCCUUUAACCUCCCUUUUCUUUUAAAAAAAAAAGCAGCAGUGCAAUUCUUCUGAAGAAGGGUGCUGCGUCAUUUGAGUUUUCUUCUCUUUUCUUUUUUCAUUCCUUCCUUUUUGGAGGAAGGGGGUAUUGUUUUUAAUAUGGCUGUGAACGUUUCUUUGGUCCGCGAUACAAAAUGGCUGACGUUAGAAGUCUGUCGCGAAUUCCAGAGAGGUACUUGUUCUCGAUCCGACACCGAGUGCAAGUUUGCCCACCCUUCACGGAGUUGCCACGUGGAAAAUGGACGUGUCAUUGCCUGCUUUGACUCCCUAAAGGGCCGGUGCACUCGAGAAAACUGCAAAUACCUUCAUCCUCCGCCGCACUUAAAAACGCAACUCGAAAUCAAUGGACGCAACAACUUGAUCCAGCAGAAGACAGCCGCAGCCAUGUUUGCACAACAAAUGCAGUUCAUGCUACCAGGAGCGCAAUUGCAGCCAAUUACGACGUUUCCUGUGACUCCUUCGCUUGCAACCAGCCCCACCAUGGCGUUCAGUCCCUAUCUGAGCCACGUCUCCCAUGGAAUGGGCUUGGUUCCCGCAGAGCUGUUACCAAAUACACCCGUCCUGGUGCCCGGAAACCCGACGGUUUCAGUACCGGGAGGCUCUACUGGACAGAAACUGAUGAGGACAGAUAAACUGGAGGUUUGCCGAGAGUUCCAGCGUGGCAAUUGCACACGGGGCGAGAACGAUUGUCGCUAUGCUCACCCGAUCGACAUUGCCAUGAUAGACACGAACGAGAACACCGUCACGGUUUGCAUGGAUUACAUCAAAGGGCGCUGCUCCCGGGAGAAAUGCAAGUACUUUCAUCCCCCCGCACACUUGCAAGCCAAAAUCAAGGCAGCUCAACACCAGGUGAAUCAAACGGCUGCAGCCGCAAUGACUCAGCCAACUGUCCGAUCACAGAAGCGAACCCUCGAGGCAACCUUUGAGCUGGCUUUGCCACCCGGUGCACUUCAACCUUUACCAAAGAGGCCAGCACUUGAAAAAAACAACGGUGCCACCACAGUCUUUAACCCAAGUGUUUUCCACUAUCAGCAGGCCCUCGCAAACAUGCAGUUGCAACAGCCGACGUUCAUCCCGACAGGGUCUGUGCUCUGCAUGACUCCCACAGCAAGCGUUGUUCCCAUGAUGCACGGCGCUACGCCCACCACUGUGUCUGCAGCAACAACACCCGCCACCAGCGUUCCUUUCGCUGCAACUGCUACAGCCAAUCAGAUAUCCCAGUUAUCGGUCGAUGACCUAAACAGCAGCAUGUUUGUCUCGCAAAUGUAGAUGCAAGCAACAGACCGCAAACCGUGUUGAAAUCCUGACCCUGAAAUCACGGAGAUACCUGGACUUUUCUCUCUUGGUGAGAAGCUGCAGCCGAGGCUCUCUGUAUGUAUGCGCCCAACUUUUCCUCCUUCUACAUGAUCUUCUACAGUAAGCCUCUUUGCAGCCGACACGUUAACCAAAAACUGAUCCAUGGGAAUGUCAAAACUUUUUGUUGUUGUUGUUUUUUAAGGAAAAAAAACACACACAAAGCACUCUAGAAAAAAACAAUUAACAAAACAGAGUUCUCUAUAGGAGAUUGCAUAGAAGUAGAGAACUAUAAUAAUCAUAAGACUUUUAUAACACCUUAACUUUAACACACUUUAAAAACAAAAACACACACAAACACGCAAACUCUUUUUCCGUGACUACCAUCAAGACGAAAGUGCUCCGGCACCGCGGACUUGAAUCGUUUUCUUGUUCUCUUGUCGAUGGAUAAAUGUUUCGUCUGUUUUUUCAAA